AUGGACGAUACCGCUCGACCUCAUCAUGCCAGGGUCGUUGAUGCCUACGACAGCAGGAGAACAUUGUCCUCAAAAAGUGGCCAGCCAGUUGAUGCCUACGACAGCAGGAGAACAUUGUCCUCAAGAGCGGCCAGCCAGUUGAUGCCUACGACAGCAGGAGAACACUGUCCUCAUAGAGCGGCCAGCCAGUUGAUGCCAGUUGAUGCCUCACGACAGCAGGAGCCUGGCGACAGCAGGAGAACACUGUCCUCAAAGAGUGGCCAGCCAGCUGAUGCCUACGACGGCAGGAGAACACGGUCCUCACAGAGUGGCCAGCCAGUUGAUGCCUACGACAGCAGAACACUGUCCUCACAGAGUGGCCAGACCGUUGAUGCCUACGACAGCAGGAGAACACUGUCCUCACAGAGUGACCAACCAGUUGAUGCCUACGACAGCAGGAGAACACUGCCCUCAAAGAGUGUCCAGUCAGUUGAUGCCUACGACAGCAGGAGAACACUGUCCUCAAAGAGUGUCCAGCCAGCUGAUGCCUACGACGGCAGGAGAACACUGUCCUCACAGAGCGGCCAGCCAGCUGAUGCCUACGACAACAGGAGAACACUGUCCUCACAGAGCGGCCAGCCAGUUGAUGCCUACGACAGGAGAACACUGUCCUCAAAGAGUGGUCAGCCAGUUGAUGCCUACGACAGCAGGAGAACACUGUCCUCACAGAGUUGCCAGCCAGUUGAUGCCUACGACAGCAGGAGAACACUGUCCUCAAAGAGUGGCCUUCCAGUUGAUGCCUACGACAGCAGGAGAACACUGUCCUCACAGAGUGGCCAGCCAGUUGAUGCCUACGACAGCAGGAGAACACUGUCCUCACAGAGUGGUCAGCCAGUUGAUGCCUACGAUAGCAGGAGAACACUGUCCUCACAGAGUGGCCAGCCAGUUGAUGCCUACGACAGCAGGAGAACACUGUCCUCACAGAGUGGUCAGCCAAUUGGCAACCCAGUUGAUGCCUAUGACAGCAGUAGAACACUAUCCUCACAGAGUUGCCAGCCAGUUGAUGCCUAUGACAUCAGGAGAACACUGUCCUCACGGAGUGUUCAGCUAGUUGAUGCCUACGACAGCAGAACACUGUCCUCACAGAGUUGCCAGCCAGUUGAUGCAUUCGACAGCAGGAGAACACUGUCCUCACAGAGUGGCCAGCCAGUUGAUGCCUACGACAGCAGGAGAACACUGUCCUCGCAGAGAGGCAAGCCAGUUGAUGCCUAUGACAGCAGUAGAACACUGUCCUCACAGAGUUGCCAGCCAGUUGAUGCCUAUGACAGCAGGAGAACACUGUCCUCACACAGUUGCCAGCCAGUUGAUGCCUAUGACAGCAGUAGAACACUGUCCUCACAGAGAGGCAAACCAGUUGAUGCCUAUGACAGCAGUAGAACACUGUCCUCACAGAGUUGCCAGCCAGUUGAUGCCUAUGACAGCAGUAGAACACUGUCCUCACAGAGUAUUUAUUGUUUGUGUAUCCAGGCACACUGUGGACUAUCAUGUUGA